AUGUUCUCUACUCCUCUAAGAAGUAGGGUUGAUUAUCACAACAACGACACAUUUGUUGGUUCAAACACAUUGUCCAAUACAAAUGGAAACCUUCCUACUACUGGUCCAAUCAAUGGAUUAGGAAGUGGAAUUUCUGGUACGAACGGGAACAACUUAACAAGCGCAGGCACUAGGGCAAUCAACAACAGUAAUAACGCCAUGGCAUCUUUUGCCAGCACAACUGGUCCAAUUGGCAAUUCCAAUUAUAUGCAAUCAGGACUAUCAUCCAACAAUGAACACAUCAGACUGACUGGCUUAGGUACUAAAAAACCCCUGGAAUUAGCCAGUGAAUAUAUCGAUAGUUUAGAACGUCGUGAUUCCAACACUCCUGUUCUAGACGAAAGAUCAUACUAUAAUAAUGGUGUGAACUACAAUUUCUCGAAAGAGGUUGGUGGAUUAGGUGCUUUUACACCAUUUGAACGUCAAUCUGUAAUUAAUAUUCCAGAUGUGUUAUUACAAGAAGCUUCAAAGACAGAAAUUAAAAGUGAUAUGGGUAUUUUUCCUGAAUUGAAUAGAUGUUGGAUCACUAUUGACAAUAAGUUAAUCUUAUGGAACAUUGAUUCAAACAACGAUUUCCAAUCAAUUGAAGAAAUUAAACAUACUAUCUUAAAUGUAAAAUUGGUCAAACCAAAACCAAAUACAUUUGUGAACCAUAUAAACUAUUUGUUAUUAAUCUCUACCCCCUUUGACUUAUAUAUCCUGGCUCUAUCACACAAUGAUGUAUCUAAUGAUAUAACGGUAUACAACACGGGUCUAUCUGUAUCAAUCAGUGGAAUGGGUUCAUUAGAGAUUGUUUCUUGUGAGAAGACCGGCCAAAUAUUUUUUGCCAGUACAACUAAUGAUUUGAAUAUCUGGGAACUACAGUACACAGGAUCAGAUGACUGGUUUAAUAGUAAAUGUAACAAAGUUUGUUUGACCCAAUCAUCCUGGUCGAGUCUACUGCCAACAAAUGUGUUGAAUAAGUUACCAGGUAGUGAGUUAGUUCAAUCAUUUUUCGAGGAAGAUUCAAAAUAUGCCCAAGAAACAAUUGUACAAUUGACAGUUGAUCAAUCGAGGAAUAUCAUUUAUUCCCUAUCAUCCAAGGCAACUAUUAGAGCAUAUUUAAUUAAAGAUAAUUCACUAGAGGGUCCAAUGACCGUUGGACCUUCAUACAUAAGUAGAAUAAUUGGUACUACUACAGCAAGAGCAGCUGCAAUCCUAGGUAAAAAAUACUUGAAAAUUUCUAAAAUUAUCUCGGUAUCCCAACAGGAAAACAAUAACUUAUUUUUGGUUGCUUUAACCAUUGGUGGUGUCCGUCUAUACUUCAAUGGUUCAGUUGGUAGAAACUCUAUUGAGGCACUAAGACUAGAAUCAAUAAAAUUCCCUCCAAGUUCUGUCACACCCGAGGCAAUGCAACAAGAACUUCAACAACAGCAGUUGGAACAACAAAAGAGAAACAUACCGUUCUACUCUAGUUUGACUUACUCAGAAUCGAUAUUAUUAAAAUUACAAAAGAAAUCUUCUGUCUUGUUAGAGACUACCAGCUCUAGUACUAUUAUAUCUCCGGGUAUUUUCUUUUCUUCCUUGAUUAAAUCUACCCAACCAACACAACAUGUUGACCAGAAAUCUGCACAAUCUACAACAACCACUGCGACUGCCCUACAGACUCCAGGCCAAAAGAUUAAAGCUACACUACAGGCAAGAAAAACUAAUGCUGAAGAAAAGGCCAAUGCACCAAAAACUCCUGUGAAUCACCGUUUGUUUGUUAGUGUCCCUGAUUAUGGUAUUUUAAAGAACCACGGAAAGUACGUCGAAAAUGCAACAUUUUUGGAUACCAGAAGCCCUGUUAAACAAAUCGUCGCUUUGACACCAACAUUUAAUGCUACAACAAAACCUGGUGGCUACGCCAAUGAAUUUGCUACACAAUAUAGUGCCGAUGAUUUAAGGGUUGCUGUACUUACCAAGACAGCGGUUGAAAUUUAUAGAUAUCGUACCCCGGAUGAAGUUUUCGAAUCACUAAUUGACAAUCCUUUACCAUUUGUUUUAAAUAAUGGUCUUUCAGAAGCUUGUUCUAGCGCUUUAUAUGUUACAUGUAAAUUUAACAAGUCCGAAUUGAUCAGAUCCAAAGCACUAACUUUCUUGACAGUUGGUAUCCCAGGAGUGAUAGAUAUUAAACCUUCCUAUAAUCGUUACUCUGCUUCCACUGUUACAUCACUACUAUCCAAACCAUCUUUAACUAGUGCGACCCAAAAGACUACAAAUAGCAUUACGUCAUCAACUACAAACUUCAACCUUGAUGAUGUUAUCUUAUCGCCAAGAUUCUACGGUAUUGCCAUGCUUAUUUCAAGACUUUUCCGUGAUAUCUGGAGCAAAAAUAUUUUCAUCUCAGAUACCAAUGCAAAAUUUAACAAAGUAAACAAUUUAAUUCAAGAAUCCCUACAAACUGGUAAUUAUAUCAAUAGCGUCUCCAUAUCAAAAAUGGACAUCGAAUACUAUUUGUCUUCAAUUUUAAUCCUGAAUGAAUUCUUCUCCAAUUAUGGUGAUUCUAUCACACAAGUAAUUGCUCCAUCCUUACCAACCGAAAAUUCCAAAAACAAGUAUGACGAAGUUGCUAACCAAGCUGAGAAUAUCGCUGUCAAUUCGUUGAUCAAGUUAGUUCAUUCUAUGAAAGAGGCUCUAUCAUUCUUGAAUGUUUUGUAUGAAGAAAGUGAAAUAGAAGGUUAUGAACAUCAAUAUCUCGCAUUUAAGGAUAUCAUGAAGUUUCUGAAGAUUGAUGUUCAAAUUAGACUAUCCAAAUUGACUUUUAAGGAUCUGUUUGCUCCUAAUGAAAAUUCUAAAAGUUUGAUUAGAGAGAUACUUUUAUCUGUUAUUAACAGAAACAUUUCAAGAGGUGCUUCUAUUGAGUUUGCCGCUACUACCUUACAAGAACGUUGUGGUUCCUUCUGUUCUAGCAGUGAUAUCUUAAGUUUUAGAGCGAUGGAGCAUCUAAAGAAGGCUAAGGAAAUUGGCCUAGGUGAUUACGAUACUGUUUGCUAUCAUCUUGAUAAUGCAAUUAAAUUAUUUGAAAAAAUUGUGGAUGAUAUCGCAUUUGAUAAGUUGAAAGAAGCUGUUUUAGUGAUGUUAAGUCUAAAUUACUUCCCUAAAACUAUUGAGUUUUUAUUGAAUAUUGCUAACCUUAUUGAUAAAAAUAAAUUUGCUUAUCAAUAUAUUGCCAACGGUUGUAUGGUAAAUGACCAAAGAAAGGAAUACUAUGAUAAACGUAUGAUGAUUUAUGAUUUUAUCUCAGAAGUCCUUGUUAAAGUCGAUGAAGUUGCGUCAAAAAAGAGUACCAAUAUAAGUGGGUUGAAUAUGACUUCAGGUGAUGUCAAUACAUUGAAGGACCAAAGUUAUGCAAUUGCCUUUAAUUAUAAUGAUAAAUUAUUCCACUAUCACAUGUAUGAUUGGUUAGUAUCGCAGGACCAAGCUGAUAAAUUAUUAGACUUAGAUACUGCCUUUAUUCAACCUUACUUGGAAGAAAAGUCUAAGGAUUCACUGAAAAUUUCUAAUCUGUAUUGGGUAUACCAAUCAAGAAACUCGCAAUUCUACAAAGCUGCUGAAAUUCUUUAUUCCUUGGCAGUAUCUAACUUUGAUAUUACUUUAAGUGACAGAAUUGAAUGUUUAUCUCGUGCUAAUGGUUUCUGCAAUGGUGUUUGUCCUCCAAAUCAGAAGCAAAAUAUGGUUCAAUUAACUGGUAUUAUUCAGGAAUUAUUUGAUAUUGCUGCUGUUCAGGAUGAUUUAAUUAAUCUAAUAAAUACAGACAAUAGGAUUGAAUCAGAGACAAAGCAGAAGUUAAUUAAGGAAUUAAACAAUAAAGUACUGCCAGUAAGUGAUCUAUUUAAUGAUUAUGCUAUUCCACUAGGUUAUCAUGAAGUCGCAUUGAAUAUAUACAAAGUUUCAGACUUCCGUAACGAGGAAGAAAUAAUGGCAACAUGGAAUGAAUUAUUUGAAUCGGUAAAGAAGGAAAUACAUUGUACUAACAAGAUUGAAGAUUCUUUGAAUUUCAUAAACUUGUUGUCCAACAUUGUAAUUAAGAUUGGUAGAACUGUUCACACAUCCGAAUAUGUCUUCCCAAUAGCAGAGCUAUUCCCAAUUAUUAUGCAUUUGUUUGAAGAAUCUCUACCAAAGGGCCAUGUUAAGGCUGGUACCGUUGCAUCCAUGUUCAUUUCAUCAAACGUUUCAUAUAACAAACUGUACCAUGUACUAAGAAGCCUUCUAGAAACAUUAGACUCUAAGGAUAACGGAUUAAGCAGAGAAAUGGGAUGGUUAAUUAAGGAAUGGUAUCAACAUGAUAGAAAAUUGAGGGAUGUUAUCACAUUUGAUGAAGUAUCAAAACUUGACGAAUAUGACAUAGAGACGGACCCAAUUGAAAACUACACCAAGAAAAGUGGUAAUAAUAUCUGA